UCUUCCUCGUCAUCGCCUGCCCCGCCUUCACCACGGGCGCCGUCUCUACCUGCCCCGGCGCCGGGCACGAACUCCUGGACCGGCCUCGUCCAAGCGUGGCCUAUGUCAUGGCGCGCUCCCGGCUCCGGCGUGCUUGGGCCGCGUCCCGGAACUCCAAACCAGCAGGCGAUGAUGGCCAUGGCGCCGCCCUACCCCAACCUGUAUGGCUACGGCGGCGGCUCCUCCACCGUACGGUGCUGCUCCUGGCGCGGCGGCCGCACCCAACCAGGCUCUGGACAUGGCGUCCCUACAGACAGCGCCACCGCCGGCCCUUCCUCGUCCGGGAGCAACUCCUACUGGUACCUCAACACGGGUGCCACCGCACACAUGUCCGCGAACCUCGGACCGCCGCACCCGGAUGGUGAUUCUGCGCUCUGACUCCACCGGCGACCUGUACCCCGUUGCUGGUGGCUCUCCGACGCGUCAGGUUCGGCACUUCGCUGGCACUGCCUCCGUCGGCCUUUGGCAUCAACGCCUCGGGCAUUCGCAUGAUGGAUCGCUCCGGAGCCUUGCGUUCGACUGCUCCAAGUCUGCGCCACACUCCUGCCGUGCGUGUCGCUUUGGCAAACACACGCGGCCGCCCUUCUCUCCAUCCACCACUAGUAGCUCAUUUCCCUUUCAGUUGCUGCAUUUAGACAUUUGGACAUCUCCUAUUGUAAGCAUUUCUGGCUACGAGUUUUAUCUUGUAAUGCUUGA